AUGAACGUGCUUCUUCUGUCGCUGGUUUGCGCUGCGCUCGCCGGCAAGGAAGGCGACCAGGAACUCAACGAAACCUUCCUUUAUGGAUUUGCUACCGCGCUUACGCUUGAAUCAGACUUGCAGGCUGGUGCAGCAAAUGUGGCGUUGCAUGAAGACCCGUUCCUGCAGUCGAUGGUGCAAUUCGUGGACGACGCUGGCACUGUCCCCACCACGCAAGAGCACAACCUUCCCCACAUCAUGGAGCACAUGCAGAUGCUCCACGGUCAGCAAUUGCAAGCCAUCAUGCACCUCCACCGCCAGCCUACACAGCAGAUCGGGCGUGUCAUGAAUCAGCAACAGCAGCUCAUUCAGCAAAGCAUUUGCAUGUUGCAGAACCAGGGGGCCAACAUCCAGCAACUCCGCCACUAUGGCUCAAGGAAGAACCGG